ACCAAUGGCCAAAUUGAGAAAACCCUAAAAGUUCUAAAGAUUUUUGGGAACAUUUUGUAAAUCAAAAUCUAUUAUUUUCUUUUUGUUCCGACCAAAUUAGCACACAAAUUGGCCGUUCGUUUCUUUGCCGGGAGGCGAAGCUGUCCUGUCAACAGCCGCGAGAGAGAGGGCUCUCUCUCCCCUUUUUGUUCUCUAGCUCAUUCUUCCCUCUCGAAGCCCCACCCCCCAUUUUUUCCCAUUGCUUUUACUUCAAGAUUAUAUAUAUUCUCCCUCUCGCUCAUCUCCAUUAUCUUCUUCCUUCGGAUCAAUUCCUCUUUGACAUGCGCAAGUAAUCAGGUUUAGUUAGCGCACAGCUUGGAAAAUGGCUCAAGAGUUUCCUGAUAAGGAACAUCUGCUCACUCGUAUCCAACAAUUGGAACAUGAACGUGAUGAGUUAAGAAAAGACAUCGAACAAUUAUGUAUGCAGCAAGCUGGUUCUAGUUACCUUUCUGUGGCUACUCGAAUGCAUUUUCAAAGGACAGCUGGCUUGGAACAGGAGAUUGAGAACCUGAAACAUAAGUUUGCUGCUUGUACCAGGGAGAAUCACAAUCUUCAAGAGGAGCUCGCAGAAGCCUACAGAAUAAAAAGUCAGCUGGCAGAACUGCACAGUUCAGAGGUUACAAAGAAUUCGGAAUCAGAGAAGCAGCUUAAAUUUUUCCAAGGUUGUGUUGCUGCUGCUUUUGCUGAACGGGAUCAUUCCAUUAUGGAGGCUGAGAAGGCGAAGGAGAAAGAAGAUUCAAUGUCACAAAAGCUUAAAGAGGUCCAAGAUAGGGUAGAAGAGCUGUCUUCCGAUUGUUGUAAACUGAGGGAAUCUAACGAUACACUAAGCAUUAACCUAGCCAAGCAAGAAGAGGAGAAUGAGGUCUCGAAACAGGUUAUCAAUAAGUUUUAUGAGAUCAGGGAGAAGUAUUUCGAAGGAUUUGAAAAUACUAGCUGGGACGAAAAAUGUCGAUGUCUUUUACAUGAUCCUCCAGAAAUGUGGAGUUUUAACGACAAUUCAACGUCGAGAUAUAUAAAUUCUUUGGAAGAAGGGCUGGAGACAAUGAAGAAAACAGUUGACAAUCUUCAAAAUAAGCUACGGAUGGACGUGGAAAUUGAAAAGCAUUUAAAGCUGAAGGUGAAUGAUUUGGAAUUGAAGCUGAUCCGCAUGGAUGAUAUGGUUAAAAGCAAGAUAUCAGGGUUUUAUCAAUACUAUUCUCAAUAUCGAGAUCAUAUAUUGAAUUUAUUGGACAAAGAAAAAUCAAAUAUAAAUUCAACAAUAGGAGAGAUUGAAGAAAAGAUUACACUAUAUGGCCGGGAAUUUCAGAAUUUCAAGGAUUCUGAAAGAGAGCUAAAAGCAGACAAUGAUUUACCGGAUGAGCAUUUGAGUAUCAAUGCCAAGAUGAAUAUUCCUGGCUUACCAGAUUCUGUUGCUGAUGAAAAUCUUGAAGCCUCUGGGGCCCUUGCUCUGGCACUUCAAGAAAAGGUUUCAGCUUUGUUACUUCUUUCACAACAGGAAGAGAGGCAUAUGCUGGAGAGAGAUGUCAAUGCAGCUCUUCAAAGAAAAACAGAGGAGCUCCAGAGAAACUUACUACAGGUUACCCAUGAAAAAGUAAAAGUGCUUAUGGAGCUGGCACAAGUAAAGCAAGAACUUCAACUACUUAAAGAGAGAAGUGUUCAUGACCAAGGAGCCGACACCGUGGAUAGGAAAGUUGUUACUCACGAGAGGGAGGGGAGACUAAGAGGCUUGCUGAAGGGUUCAUAUCUGAGGCGUUGGGUAGGUACACCAGAAAUUAGUGGAAGUGAAGCUGCAGCUCACUUGGAUAAUGAAGAAAAUUACUCUUCUCGGAAGUCUGGUGUGGAUUUUGCUAGAAUGAAAAUUGAAAAUGCAACUCUUAGAGAAAGCAUUGAAAGCAUAGAGCACCUGACCUCUUCAACUCACAGGCUUCGUCUCUCCCUUCUGAAGGCCAAAGAGUCUGUUACUUCUGAAGGUCCAGCUACAAGUGUGUUGGAAGCUCUCAAAGACAUAAUCAACGAAGCAAAACUCAUAAAGACUGCACUUAGCAGCUCUUUACCCAUUAGUUGGUCAGGAGAGGUAAAUACUGGAUCCGGUAGGGAAACUUUACAUGAUUCAAGUGAUGUUCUAGGAGACUCUAACCUGGGAAAAAUAGAUUUUGUCUCUGCUGCUGGUUUUGAGAUGGUUGAGCUCCUUAUUUUUGUUGCUGAGUUGUUAUUGAAGGAUCACACAGCUGAAAGUGGUUCUUGAUAUGAAACUGAUUGAAUUCUCAAUCACUUGGCCUUGGAUUCUGGCAUGCUUAUGAUGCUGCUGUCCAUUUCAAUGCUCUGCAGAUUGAUGGAUGAGUAAAUGAUGGGGGACGAGGGUAGAAGAAAACUGAUGUACCUUAGGAAAUGAUAACAGGAGAAAAGAAAAUGAAAAUCUGUGCAUUACUGUAGGUUUCUGUCGAAUAUACAAACUGUAAAUGCAUGUAUCCUGUAGUCUAUGGCUUUGAUGGAAUCGCGUUGUCGAAUCCACAUUAUAUGCUCCUAGACAUUGUUUACAUUUUUCAUAUGUAGAUUGUUUGAUUGGGUUAAGGUUGUGUGACACAGAUGGGAAAACAAGUGUAGUCUGUUCAAAUUUACCUGUCAAUACAAGAUUUCUUUUCUAA